AUCAGCCUACAUUUAAAACUCACACAGUAACUUCCACAGGCAGAGGCAGUUGGCAGUAGUACUGCUAGCACUCUCAAAAUGGGCUCUGUUUUUAUUUUUUCCCUGGUUACUUUGAUGAUUCUGUUCAUAGUCUCAAAGCUUCUGCAACUUUCCUGGGUUGUUUUCUGGUGGCCAUAUUCCUUGACUCAAAGAUUGAAGAACCAAGGAAUCACUGGUCCACCUUACAAACUUCUCACUGGGUCUCUUGAUGCGAUAAAGAGUAUGAAGAAGGAUUCAAAAGAAAAGAUCCUUGACAUAGAUUCAAACGAUAUACUCCAAAAGAUCCUUCCCCACUAUCAUCGAUGGUCCUCAGAAUAUGGAGAGACCUUUUUGUAUUGGCAUGGAUUAGAGCCACAUCUCUGCAUUUCAGACCCUGAGUUAGCCAAACAAAUACUAUCAAGCAAGUUAGGUUUCUACGUAAAACCUCGAACCAGGCCUGGAUUGCUAGCAAUGAUGGGGAAAGGAUUGGUAUUUGUUGAAGGAUUGGAAUGGGUUAAGCACAGAAGAAUCCUCAGCCCUGCCUUCUCCGUUGAAAAGCUCAAAGUUAUGGUAAAGAGAAUGGCAGCUUGUGCCAUCUCUAUGCUUGAAGAGUGGAAAGAUCUGCCUACAAUGAGUGAGGAUGGAUCCAUUAAGAUAGAAAUGAACGUAGAAUUUCAAAAACUCACUGCUGACAUAAUUGCCCAUACUGCCUUUGGAAGUAACUACAUGCAAGGAAAGGAGGUAUUCGAAGCGCAAAGACAGCUUCAGGGGUGGUGUGCUGCUGCCAGUUCUGAUAUCUUCAUCCCUGGCACCCAAUAUCUGCCCACUCCAUCAAAUCUUCGGAUAUGGAAGCUUGAUUGGAAAAUGAGGAGAUCUUUAAUGCAGAUCAUAAAGAGCAGGGUGCAAAAUUUCAAAACCAGUACUGAAAGUUCUCCAGAUUGUUGUUUUGGAGAUGAUGUACUUGGUAUGAUGAUUGCAUCUUCGGAAACCACUCAAGCUAAAGGAGAAUUAAAGUUGAACAUGAAUGAAAUCGUGGACGAAUGCAAAACAUUCUUCUUUGCAGGACAUGAAACCACUUCGACACUGUUGACCUGGACCAUAUUCUUGUUAAGCAAACAUCAGGAAUGGCAAGAAAAACUCAGAGAAGAGGUGUUGAAAGAGUGCGGGAGUGGAAUACCAGAUACUGAUUUGUUGGGCAAGCUGAAAUUGGUGAACAUGGUUCUUCUGGAGUCCUUGAGGCUGUACGGCCCAGUUCUAACCAUGGCUAGAGAACCAUCAGAAGAUAUGACACUUGGGAAUUUAAGGAUUCCAAAGCAUACACAAUUAAUUAUACCGCUUGUCAUUAUGCACAAAAGCAAAGACUACUGGGGAGAAGAUGCAAGUGAGUUUAAUCCCCUGAGAUUCAUAAAUGGGAUAUCCAAAGCAGCAAAGCACCCAAAUGCUUUCAUUGCUUUCUCAACUGGUCCGAGGGCUUGUAUUGGACAGAAUUUUGCAAUGUUGGAGGCCAAAACUGUGCUUGCCUUGAUUCUCCAAAGGUUCUCUUUCUCCCUCUCCCCGGAAUACAAACAUGCACCAGCCAACAACCUUACCUUACAACCUCAAUACGGCCUCCCUGUUGUCUUCAAACCUCUGAACAAGUAAGGAACAUGUAAUAAAUUAAAUUAAAGUAGUCAGCCUCCUGUGUUGUUUAUGAUAUAUUUGACUACUUGGAUUAAGCUUACUUUAUCGGGUUAGCUUCACCCACCCUAUCCAGUAUCCGGCUUUUGUAAAAUAAUUUUAAUCUAUGUUGAAUAUUCUGUAAGGCAUAUAUCCGGUAGAACUGGCUUUAUAAUUAAUCAAAGAUUGUGAUGCUG